GACGGCUAAGAAAUAGUAUAAUGGCUGAUGAUAAACCUGAUGCCACCGGAGGCAGCAGUGAGAAGUCGACAAGUUUAUAUUUUUCUGUGGACACAGUAAAAGCAAUCGGGGAAACAGCAGGGAUCCUUCAACUUCCCGAUCAUGCAACGAAAUAUUUAUCGGAAGAAACCACGUUCAGAUUAAAGGAAAUAAUACAGGAUGCAGUGAAAUUUUGCAGCCAUCGGAAGAGCAAUAAACUCACAUGUCAAGACAUUGAUAAUACUUUGAAGUCCAAGAACCAGGAGCCAUUGUACGGCUUCAUUUCCGACGAAUUCAUCCCGUUUCGUUUCGCCAGUGGUGGGGGUAGAGAGCUUCAUUUUAUCGAAGAAAAGGAACUCGAUUUAAACGACAUAAUUAACGGGGUUUUACCCAAAAUACCCCACGAUGUUGCAAUGAAAGCCCACUGGUUAGCAAUAGAAGGAGUCCAACCAAGCGUUCCUGAAAAUCCAGUUCCUGAAACUCAUUUUUCCAUCGAUGUUUUAAAGAAGCCUGAAGUCAAGAAUGUUCGAACUGGCGUGGAUGCUUUGAAAAGUUGCACUGUACCAAAUAAUAACCCUCUUACCUCAGCUAAGAAACCUGAAAGUUCAUCAUUGGUUCCUUUGAAAGCUCGUUUUACCCAUGAGUUGUCCGUGGAACAACAACUUUAUUAUAAAGAGAUAACGGAAGCUGCUGUUGGAUCUAGUGAAGCAAGGAGAGCGGAAGCGUUACAAAGCUUGGCCACAGAUCCUGGUUUAUCCCAGAUGCUACCAAGGUUCAGUACGUUUGUAUCUGAAGGCGUGAGAGUAAACGUGGUUCAGAAUAACCUCGCACUUCUCAUUUAUUUAAUGAGGAUGGUGAAAGCUCUCAUGGAUAAUUCAACCCUUAACUUGGAGAAAUAUCUUCACGAGAUGAUACCCGCUGUAAUGACAUGCAUUGUGAGUCGGCAAUUAUGUACGAGACCCGACGUGGACAACCAUUGGGCUCUAAGAGAUUAUGCUGCUAGGUUGAUGGCACAGGUGUGCAGGAGUUUCAGCACAUCAACUAAUCUUAUUCAAUCCAGGAUAACAGGAACGUUUUGCAAGUGUUUACACGAUGAUAAAUCAUCACUAGCAGCAAGGUAUGGAAGCGUAGCAGGCCUGGCUGAACUUGGAACAGAUGUUGUCCAGAGUCUUGCAUUACCACGGUUGCAAGUAGAAGGGGAAAGGAUAAAGAAUAUUCUGGAGAGUCCGUUACUUAACCCGAUCGAUAGAACCGCUGCCGAACAUUUACGUGGAUUACUUGUGAAACACUGUGGUCCAGUCAUAAAGAACAUCCGCCAACCACCUGACCUUCCAGAGGAAUAUUUUAAGGAGUACGGGUCCCUGGGACCCCUUAUCUGCCAACACACAAUCAAACUAAGGGACCAGGAAGCUCAUAAGACAAGACUGCUUGCUAGUGCUGGGUUAUCUAGACCAACCACUGUGCAGCAAGGAGUCCGUCCCGGUCUACUUAGCACUGGAAGUACUUCGGGACAAUCUGCAGUCUCGGGGAUAAUCCAUGAGCGCCAUUUCCAACAAACUGACAACCAAUCAAAGUUUAUGUUUUAUGGUUCAAAUACCAACCAGGGAAACAAGAUCCAUUUUCAAACUCCUGGGUUGGACAAUAGUUUGUUGCGUGACCAACACCACCCUUUGUGAAUUCGUAAUAUCUGAUUGUUGUGAAACAAAUGAAUUAUGGUGACUGUAUAACACACCAAGUGAAGGGGGUAACACAAUGUUUGUUGGGAUUUAUGUUCUUUGUUUUGUAAAUAAUGUAUAUUGUCUUUAUAAUAAACACAAAUGAUAGUA